AUGGAAGCCCCUUCGCACCCACCCACCCAUUCCCACCUAUUUCCACCCACCCAUUCCCACCUAUUUCCACCCACCCAUUCCCACCUAUUCCCACCCACCCAUUCCCACCUAUUUCCACCCACCCAUUCCCACCUAUUUCCACCCACCCAUUCCCACCUAUUUCCACCCACCCAUUCCCACCUAUUCUUACCCACCCACCCACGCAUUCCCACCUAUUUCCACCCACCCAUUUCCACCUAUUUCCACCCACCCAUUCCCACCUAUUUCCACCCACCCAUUCCCACCUAUUUCCACCCACCCAUUCCCACCUAUUCCCACCCACCCACCCACGCAUUCCCACCUAUUUCCACCCACCCAUUUCCACCUAUUUCCACCCACCCAUUCCCACCUAUUUCCACCCACCCAUUCCCACCUAUUCCCACCCACCCUUUUGCACCCACUGAUUCACACCCACCCCCACGCGGGGAGGCGGCGAGUGGCAGAAUGGGCAGCAAUGCGUGGAGAGAGAGGGGGGGGAGCUGGCGGGGGCGAGGGGGAAUGGGGGGGCAGCCGAGGGGCAGGGGAAAGGCGGAGGGGGAGGACAAGGGGCUGGUCGUGGCGGCACUCGUGGGCGGGCUGCUGCCGCUGCACAAGGCAGGGGAGCUGCUGCCAGCCGUGUCGAGUUCGUUCCCCGCACUCUCGCACCCUUCCCCUCUCGCACCCUUCCCCCCUCUCACCCUUUCUCUCUUCCCUGCACAUUUCACCCUCUUCACGCUUCCACUCUCUCACCCUUUCCCGCCUUCCCCCUCCUUCAGUGUCCGCCACGCGUUCAGGUCUCGUCCGCUCACCUGUCUCAGGGGGAGGGGAGAGCGCAUCAGCGCCCACGGGCUGCCGGCCCAGCGCUGUGCAGUGGCGGUGCUUAGUCUGGUGGAGCAGGCGCAGUACGCGCAGCGCAACUCUGCUCCAUCAUGCCCCGCUCGCACCACCGCCGCAAGGGGUACCCCUUGGGGUCCCUCGUGGUUUUUAACCACUGAUGCUGACAGCCAGUCUAACGGCCAUGAGUGGAUGGUUGGAGCGGCCUUGCCAACGCCCUCCCUCUCUUCCCCUCCCUCUCCAUCUUUUGCUCCUCCCCCAGACCCUGUCUUCAUGCUCUCUCCUCUAGGCAUGCACGCGUGCAACCUCCAGUCGGACCCGUGCUGCAUCGUGGUCGUGCAGAUCCCUGGGUGGAGCGGCCUUGCCAACGCACGCGCCACCAUCUUUGGGGACCUCUACCCCCUGCCGCCCAGCCAGCAGGUAUGUUUUGUGAUUGCCAACCUGCGCUUCUGUGAUUGCUGCCGUCCUGCCCCGUGUAACGCUGCUCUUCCCAUCACCUCACCUGCCUCCUUUCCAGCCUUCUUUCCCCGCUCCCCUCCUUACCGCGAACCUUAA